GCUCGUUUCUUUUCCAGCUCGAUCGAGAGAUCUCCGCCGCCAACGGAACUUGCUCAGUUGAAAUGCGAACUUGGCGAGCUCAAGACACGACCGUCGGCUAAAAACAACACACACUCUCUCUAUAUACGAUAUAUAUAUAUAUGCGAUAUGAUAUGGCAAAAUAGCCCACAUAUGACAGCGGCCUAAUCAAAUUAACACCCACGCACAUGAGAGACUUUUUUGUGCCGUGAUUUGCAUAAUUGACGCUAAUCGGCGGUGUCUCGUGCUCUCGGGCUGAAAAGUAAACCCCGGACGGAAAAAUAGAAAUAGAAAUAGAGGAGACCCCGCCAUAUGUUGUCGGCGAGUGACAGUGCUUUGUGUGUGGAACAAUUGUGCAAGUGACAAAGGCCAACAAAGGUGUUUCGCUUCGAGUGAAUUUCAUAUUAAGAUAGACUAUUUUCGGGAACCACCAUUACGAUGAUCACGAUGAACGAGCUGGUGGAUCUGCGGAUGCAGCAGCAUAUUGCGCACGAGAUAUAUCGCCAGCAGAUUAUGCAGCGUAUACCGGACCCCUUCCCACCCAUGUUACCCAUUCCGAUGCCGCGGCACGUGAUCAUGCCACCCCGAGUCACCCUGCCCGGCGUGGAGAUGACCCUGCAGAACGACGACCUGUGGAAGCAGUUCCAUCAAAUUGGCACGGAAAUGAUCAUCACCAAAAGUGGCAGACGGAUGUUCCCUUCGAUGCGACUGAGUGUUUCCGGUUUGGAGGAUGAAAGCAAUUACUGUGUCCUGCUCGAAAUGGUGCCCAUUGGCGACUGCCGCUACAAGUUCUCUGGCUCCCAGUGGGUUCCGGCCGGAGGAGCCGAGCCCCAGAGUCCGCAGCGGAUGUAUCUGCAUCCCGACAGUCCUGCCACAGGAGCUCAUUGGCAGGCGCAGCCCAUUCUCUUCAACAAGGUUAAGCUGACCAAUAACACGCUGGACAACAGCGGCCAUAUCGUCCUGGCCAGCAUGCACAAGUAUCAGCCGCGUCUGCACGUCAUACGCACCGCUGAUCUGGCGCAGAUUCCCUGGGCCCCCCAACAGGCCUUUGUGUUCGCCGAGACCGAGUUCGUGGCCGUGACGGCCUACCAGAAUGAUCGCAUCACCAAGCUGAAGAUUGACAACAAUCCGUUUGCCAAGGGUUUCCGCGAAACGGGACAAUCACGCUGCAAGCGCAAGAUGUCUUCAUCACCGACUGGCGAGGAUCAAGAUCAGUCGCAGUCACUAGCCCAUUCACAAUCCCCGUCCGAAUCGGACAUGUCGCCAUCGAAGGGCACUGAGACACCAGGAGGAGGGGGAGCAGGAGGAGCAGGAGGAUCAGGAGGAGGAGGAGGAACAUCAACAAUCGGCGAUUUGGAUGGCCCGCAAAUUAAGCGACUAAGAUCAAAUGGCUCCGCCUGCUCCUUAUCGUCAUCGCUGGACGAUCAGUCGGCGAAUGGCGCCAGUUCCUUGGCCCUCGGCUCCCCGCCACCUCAUCACCAUCCCCUCCAGUCGAGGAGUGCCUCCAGUGUUUUCAUGCAGCACUUCCAGCAGAAUAUGCAGAGUCUGCUGAGACCCUCACUUGUGGACCUGGCGUGCACCUACUUCGGAAGACCCCAUGAAUAUGGUGGAGCUGUUCCGAGUCUUUAUCCCCCGGCAGCCAUUUUGCAGGCCGGAAUGGGUCCACAGCCUGGCCUUAAUCUACCCCCAGGCACUUCCGGUGGGGAUCUCAUAUCCGACGAGUCGGGAGCCGAGGAACUCGAACUGGAUGUGGGCAGUGAGACGUCGGCUGUGGAGCAAUCCUCACAGGAACCACAACCGGAACAACCCUCGACAAGGAGCAAGGGCUUCAGUAUAUCGGCCAUUUUGGGGGGAGGAAGUUAGUUAUAUAUAAUCUGUCACAAGUAAGAUAAUGGGGGAAACUUAAGGUUUUAAGGUCAAGAAUAAGUUCUGAGAAUUAAGAUUAAAAAAGAAUAUUUUUUAAGUAAAAAUUAUUUGUUUGACUUUAUUUUGCAUUACUUAAAAUUCCUCUUUAAUUAUUUUUAUAAAGAAAAUAGAUCCCUACUCAACUUUCUCCUUAAAAAUAAGGAACAUAGAGUAUUGUAAUCUCUUAAAAUUAAUUUAUAAUAAUUCUAUACUAUUUGUUAUGUUUCUCUAAUGAAUAAAUUUAAUUCUGUAAAUUUUGUAAAUUUUUUCUCUUUGAUUCCAGAACUUUAUUCUUGACUUUAGUAGAUAUUUAAACAUAAUCAUUGUACUCAUUUUGAUAUUACGCAAAUCGCAGCCUGAUUAUUUACUAAGUUAA